GGCAGCGCAACCUUUAUCGCCUUUUUAUUCCUAACGGACUGACCAACACCCAAAACCACACCGUGCCGUCCGACCCCUAGCGGAAUUCGUAAAUGAAUUGAGUUCACUUACCAACUUAAUUAGACGCUGAACCUUAACUGCUACAGUUUCUCAGACCAGCGAUAUAACCCUCUUAUCAAAAAGUGCCCCUUUUCCACUCAGCGUCUAUUUUGCAUUCGCACCCUUAUGUCUUUUGUUCCCAACCGCCCAGUUACCACUUUAUUCUUGUGAUACCUACAGGCGUACACUACCGAUACACACAAGGAGUAGAUCGGCACUGUCAGAACAAUUUGUACCUUUCAGAAUUCCGCCAAUUUACACCCUUCGGAAUCUCUGGCUAACCCACACCUUUUUCAACCCUCACCACAAGCCAUCCUCCCAAACCCCACACCAGCAGAACAGACUAACAAUACCCGCCCACGAUGUUUGAAGCUCCCACUCGAAGACCAGAGAAGCUUUUUGACGCACCCCCUUCCCCUAAAACUGGCCUAACCGGCACUGCUUUGGGAUACGCCGGUACUGGGUCCGAGAUAGACCUGGACGAAAACUCUACCCACACACUUCUGAGUCCCGUGAGCUCCAAUCCGGUGCUGCCGGUAAGAUUGUCCACGACUUCGUCUGUGUUGUACCACGAGGCGUCACCCUCUACAGGCUCCAAGGCGUACCCGAUGUCGCUUUCGUUUCUCCACAAACCAAGACGCUCCGGGAGUCAGACCAAGGAAACAUUGUAUACGCAGGAAAACGCAAGCUCGCACUUGGACUCUGAGCCCCGCAUCCCCUCGGUUUCCUCCUCUUCGUCUUCGUCGUCGUCCUUAUAUUCGUCUAUGGCAGCGGCUGCUGCAUUAGAAGCCUCCAUGAGCGAUAACGACGAAGACGAGGACAACAGGCGGCGGCCAUACGGCUUGGUGCGUAAAAAGUCGGGCGAGUUGGUAAAACCGUCUCUCCGAGCCAGACCCCUUUCUCUACCUGCCACCCCUACAUACAAGCAGGUACAUUUCGGAACAGCACCAGACGUGCGGUACUUCAAUAAGAAGGACAGGCCCUUGGCUGUGUCUGCUUCCAACUCCCCGGACUUAAUCGGAGCGGACGGUUCGAGGAGAAGUCUAAGACUGCUGAGAAAAGCCUUCAACGACAUCGACGACGACUCGGACUACGAGUAUGAUGACAGGAGUGAGUCGGACCUUGAUUCGGAUAUCGACCUAGCGAGUGAAGCUAGCUCCUCCGACACGCUCACGCCCGUGAAAAAACUGCAGGGACCCAACUCCACUCGAUGGGAGAUCGAGCUCUCCAACUUUCCCGCAGUGAAUGUGGAUGCUAAGCUUGCUGACUCAGGCAUGUUUGUGUUCCUUGAGCGCAUUUUCAUCAGUGCGGAUAAAACGUAUCUCACGGGCCAUGUUGCAGUGCGCAACCUUGCCUACCAUAAAUGGGUUAAUGCUCGAUACACCUCCGAUGACUGGCGGACGGUAAUAGAGGUCUCGGCUGAGUUUGUUCCGGAUAUUCCACGGGCCAUGCGUAAAGCGGGGUUCGAGCGGUUUGUAUUUAAGUUGCCCCUUGUGACCCUCUUCAACAACAAGAAAAAGAAAAAGGCGGGCGAAGCCCCUAUCCGCCACACUUCCGAGGGAAUCAUUGAUGCUGAAAGUAUCAAUUUCCAGGCGUUCCAGAUGUGUAUUCGAUACAACACUGAUAGCAGGGAGUUUUGGGAUAACAACCACGCCAACAACUAUGCCAUUAAACUCCACCAAAUCAAGAAAAGAGGCGCUAAUGAGGAGACGCCGAGAAGCAAGGCGGACCAGGGCGUCUCGUUGUUUAACAACAACAACUCCACCAUCCACAAAUCGCACUAUUCCGCCUCUUUCUUACAGAGGAGGUGUUCCGAUUCGGACCUUGGAAAAAGGCUAUACUCGUCCAGAGAUCUUACCAAGAGAGUUGUACCGGAUGACGUCAAAACUUUGUCUCAGAGGCAGAGCGAUAGGUUUUUCCUUGAGGGUGCAUUUGCCAAGUCUCCCGAUACCCCAGAUGCCUUGAACGACACCAAACUUCUCAAAACACCAAACUUUGACGACUUGGCCUAUGAUUCGGAAAACCACCACCCCCUUUUGAUGAGCCACAUCGGUACUAGCAAGACGUACACCCCGGAUAAUUCCGACAUGUUGGGUCUCUCAUUGUCCACCAACUCACACCCUAUUCCGAUGGGAGCUAGAUCUCUAAACGAGGAGGUCAGCGACAAUUCUUCUAAUUACAUAGCAUCCGUCGGACCCAAAAGCCUGCCACCCUUCGGUACUCCCGAUACAUACUCGUCGGUGUUGAAACUGCCAUUGGAUUCAAAGUCAUACAAGGAAUUACUUGAAAACUAUUGUUUCUUCAACGGACCGAGUACCGUGUCGACGUUUUUGCAAGAAAAAUAGAGAAUUGAAGCGUUUGAUAGAUGUACCCAUUCAUUAGCUGAGCUUGUAAAUAGUAUACCCAAUGUAGCUAUCAACCUGCGGAAUUUUCACGGUAGCCAUCAGCACGGCGCCCCGUGGGGACAUCAGGUCUGACAAGUACACUGAGGUGAACCUUCUCGUAGGGUUGGAUUUAUGUCAAGUCAAGGCGGUAUGAAUUUAUGGGGUGAUAAUUGGAAGAAGCCCGAAAGUACGUAUUUGAUGGCAUACCGUAAAACUCAUGGUACAAGCUGCUCUUUCCGUUUAGAGACUAAUGGCACGAGUUUGCGUGCAAAGUUUGUUUCAACUUCUUCGGCUCCACCUGAAUGUAACUGUACCCAUGUGUCUAAUCUGAAUAGUAUCAAGAUGAUCCAUCGAUGAAAGAUGAAAAAAAAAAUAGUCCUCCUUUUC